CCCCAGAGACCCAUCCAGCUAGUUAAGUGCUCGCGAGCAACCUGCGGCGGCCGUACCAGCAGCUUCCGCUCCUACGGUGGAACACUCUGUUUACGCGCCACCACAUCCUAACUUUGCCAGCCACUUACAACCGGCAUCCGAGGGGGCCGGGGCCAAGAGCGAACCUGGUCCACCUACACUACCGCACGGCCACGAGCCACCACCGACAACUCCAGUCUACGCUCCUCCCAUCCCCAACAUGAUCCCGCAAGCCGCUGGAGUGCCGCAUGCCAACCAAGCGGUACCUAUGCCUGGCCAGCCUGUGGCUGUCGCCCCAGCCGUGGGGCCAACAGAGACCGGAGAGACCCCUACCGAUGGGAGGAAAGCCAAGCGGGAGUUGUCCCAGUCUAAGCGUGCUGCACAAAACCGUGCCGCCCAGAGGGCAUUCCGCCAACGGAAAGAAGGAUACAUCAAAAAGCUCGAGCAGCAGGUUCGGGAGUAUGGCGAAAUGGAAAACACAUUCAAGGCGGUCCAGGCCGAAAACUAUGCGCUGCGAGAAUAUGUCCUCCGCCUGCAGUCCAGACUACUAGACACCCAGGGCGAGUACCCCCAGCCGCCGCCCGGACUCAACCUUGCACACCCCAACGCUCAGACGCAACCGCCCCACGUCAGCCCCGAGGUUCCCCAGCCCGCGGCGACGGCUGCUCCGGCUGCCGCGGGUGCCAACCAGGUCGAAGUAGCUGCGCAGGCUGUCGCUGGCCUAACUAGGAGCGAGCAUCUCGGUGACCGGGACCCUUACCCACCGCCGGUCCGUAGCGAAGACGACAGGACGGCCGAGGAAAUCACGCGGCAGCUACAGGCCGACAGCGGACCGGACGGGUUGCCCGCCGCCACCAUGUAGGACAUGUGCUCUCUAGGAUGGCCACCGCAGUGAACGGUCGCCCGUUAUACGCGACCCUCUCUUUUC